UGCUCGAGGCGCAUAGCUACGCCCGUGCGGCCCACCCGUACUUAUUGGGUUUUGGCAUGCACAAUUCUCAUCAUCCGAAGCAGUCAGUGACACCAAUGUGAUCAUGGAUCUGACAUCUCAUCACGUAAAUUACUUAAUAUGGAGGUAUCUCCAAGAAUCAGGUUCGUUAAUCCCUGCCUUGAUAGAACUAUUCAAGGUACCUUUCUAUUCCUGGGCGAUAUAUCUAACAAAGCACAGGCCAUGGAGAGGCUGCUGUCAUGUUACAAAGAGCAUGGUUGGCUAACCCACAGACGUUACCAUUUGCUUCCCAUAUAAAAACCCAUGCUUUAGUAUCCUUAGUGCAAAAGGGCCUGCAAUAUCAUGAAAUUGAGCAAUCGCUUGAUCAGGAUGGGAAUCCUAUCCCCUUUACACCAUCGAAAUCAUUCUUUGGACCAACGCCGCUUGAUAUGGAAUCACUAAAGACGCGCGGUGAGACUCUCAAAGCACAGACUGAACUCGGUACAACUACAACGACAUCCGUGCCGUCGGCAAGCAAACCUGCUCCAGAACCCACCGUCACUUCCAAUGGCCACCUAGUCAGCGAAACCCCACAGCCAACGGUUACUGUCAAGAAAGGACGAAAGGUUCAUCGUCUCGAGCCCGCCACCAAUGGAGAUGACAGCGCAAUGGAUCUUGGCACUAACGGUGUCGUUCAUGAGCGCGUGUCCGUCCCAUCUUCGGGACUGAAAUCUCCAUCGUCGACAGAGAUUGCUGAUGCAGAAGGAGAUAUACAGAUGGUGGACCCGGCUGCUGAAGAGAAACAAGAAAUGCCCACCGACACAUUGACAGCCGGCCGAAGCGUUGGCGUGCAAUAUGUCCCCGCCAAGGCCGCGGACCUUGGUGCCCACACAGUCAUUCUCGAUGUCGAAGUGGCCCGUGAUGACCACGUGACUCGAUCGGCUUGGCGGCCCUAUGAUUCGUCGAUAUUAGCCGCGGCUGGUGAUAGCUUCUGUACCUUGUGGAAAUUGGCGCCCGGCGCAGCGCCAAGCACCGAGAAGAUCUUCGACAGCAAAGGCGAUGGUAGUUGGGUGACCGCGCUGUCGUGGGAACCUUCUGGUCACAAAUUUGCUGUCGCCACUUAUAAUGAACACCGAUCGUCUAUUCAGAUGUACGACAGCAGCGGAAGUGUUGUGGACCUAUUACCAACGGCAUCAGGGAUGAUCAAUGGACUCCAUUGGGCCCCUAAAGGCACCCACAUGGUGGUGGUUUCGUCAAAGGAUAAGAGCUCGGAGCUAUCCCUUUGGGACGACUCUAUUAAACCCGAAGAAUUUCCGUCAUAUCAAACAAUCGAUGGACUUGUUCACGAUAUUACCUGGGCGGGCGAUAAUCAUAUCUUUGUAUCAGGUGAAGGCUCGGUGUGGCAAUGUGAAAUUGACCCAACAUUACAAGUCAUCAAUCGAUAUCAAUCCCGGGAGUCGAAUACCGAAUGGACCUAUAUUCGCGGCGUCCAAACUGGCAGUGGCUCAGUUGCCGUCGCAGCUGCAUGUUCUGCCGGCAGUCUGUGGAUUCCUACUCACGAAAUCGUUGUUGAGGAUGCGCAUCGUGCCGAUAUCACUUCGAUUGAGGUCCGACCCAAACACCAAGACCAAGACGCAAAUACUAGCACUUCGUUUACAUUCGCUUCCGCAUCGGUUGACGACACCGUGAAAAUAUGGAAAGUCGAUCUCGAGUCGAAGAAGAUGAGUUGUUUGCACACGCUAUUCCUAUCCCCGGGUCUUCCAGCACUAGCCUUGGCAUUCUCUCCGGAUGGGUAUGCUGUUGCGGCUGCUAGCACCGAUAGACUUUUCAUAUGGAAUCCGGAUCGUGGGGAUGAACCCUUGGCCACCUGGUCAUGUCCUCCGUGUUCCACAAAGGAAGAUUUGGAAAGGCCCGUGAACGGGGAAAAUGGUUCUACUGUUGUGGAGACGUAUCGUAGCCUUGCAUGGGAUACAGAUGGCAAGAAGCUUGCAAUGGGAUACGACAAGAAGAUUGCGGUUGUCAACCUUCAAGGUAGAGGUGUGAAUAUCCUUGAAUGAUUGCGGCAUAUAAACAACACUUCCGAUUACUUACUCCUCGACGUCAAUACACAUGACGAAGAAUGCAUAAUAUAUAAUAGAUAUUUCAGCUGCGAUUACACGAUUGAUUGGACAGAUUGAAUCCCGGAACGAUUUGUUUCUGGGAUAAAACCGGAAUUGGCCUGCACAGUUUUCUCGAAUCAGCUGACACGAUACCCUUGCUCCAUUUAUCUCUGUUUCUCUACUCCUUGGAUGUACUUUUCUCCUUUUCAUAUUGUCUCCAGGUCUUCAGCAUGCAGUGCAUACAUGAGCCCGAAUAGGCACG